UCGGUUCAACUUGGUUCGGUUCCUCCAGUUCGUGAUUGUUGCCCGUGAAGGAUGCCUUCUGCCAACCCCAAACUAGAGAAACAGGCCUCUACGGAGACCGUGGAACCCCUACGCCAAGCGAUCAUUGUAAUCGAGCAUAAGAUACGGAAUCUCGAGAAGCGUAAGGGGAAGCUCGAGUCCUAUAGAGACUUGCAGAAAAAUGGAAGGGAAUUGAAUGCAGACCAAAAAACUGCGGUAGCAAAAUAUGACGAGGUGCUUCAAACUUUAGACAUUACCCGAGACUUGUACAAGCAAAUCGUCAACAUUGCCAAUGAGGCGGUUAAACAGCAGAAGAAACUGGCACGAAAAGAGGCUGUUGAGCGUAUGCAACAAGACAUUUCAAAGGUGAAGGAGGUGCUGCUUACGCAGCAUGUCUUGAUAAGCAUAAACACCGAUUCCGUGAGAGAUGACUUUUUUCAUGGAAAGAAUGGUGCUAUAAAGCUAUCUGAGGAAGAAUUCAAGUACCUCGAUGGUUUAUGUAAUGAAGUAAUUAUAAAACAUCACCGCGAAGAGGGCGAUCUGACGUUUGUUCAACAAGCGCAGAAAGUAGCAGAGCAUUAUGUUGCGAUUGUGGAUGGGAAACAACGUGAAGUAAUUGGCACUACGUACAAUAAAUUAAAGGAGCUGAUCGCCAAGAUUAAUCAAUGCGGCUAUUUUGAUCAAGUUCACGAAUCUUUGGAGACAACACCGAUAGAAGAGAUCACUGAAAUUGUGCCGGAUACCAGUGCACAGGUGACGGAACAGGUCAAUGAGGAGUAUAGUAAUGGCAACGACAUGCACAUUCCACCGGAAUCCAUAAUACCUAUUCCAAAUUUCCCAGUUCAAGUUACCACUCUUCCCGUUGUUUCUGGUGCUGCUCCAGUCUCGGGACCUAUACCGGUUGUGCAACCGAUGCCGCCUCAUCCAGCCGCGCCAGUCGACACCCCUUAUUAUACGAAUGCCACCAACUUUGUUCCACAACCACAGCAGCCGCAACAACAACAGCAGCAGCAACAACAGCAGCAGCAGCAAACUCAACAAUCUCAACAGCAGCCUCCGCCGGCGCCCCGUAUCAAUGACGUUAUAGGCACGCCCAACUUUUUCUUUUUACAGGAAUCUGAACUUGAUUCGGAUGUCACGUCGCAAACACCCAUCGUACCACACAUUCCUCCCUCAGUUAAUGCACCCAUUCCCACACAAACUUUCACAAAUCAGAACUUUACAAGUGCGCCUGUGGGCGUACCUCAGCAGGUCAUAUACCAACACCAACCGCCACAGGAUAUAUCGCAUAUUCCUGGUUUUGCGAAUCCUCCUAAUCCACCACCGCCGAUUCCGAUGCCGCCUUCUCAUCAGAAUAUGCAAUAUAGCCCACAGCAUCCGACAGGUUUCCAGCCUCAACAGCCACAGCAACAAAAUGCUGCACAACUACCACAGCAAGGUCAAAUGCAAAACUUCAAUGAACAAACACUUCCGCAAGAGGCUCAAACAUCCACAGAGGAAAAGGUCGAAAAUGGUCAAAAUGAAAUUUCUGAACCGUCACUGGAACAGCAAAAUGAAUCUAUUGAUUGGUGUCAGAUGACUGAGAACAAUGACUGGAAUCAGACUGAUCAACAGCAACAAUCUGGUCAAGAUGGCCAGCAAGCGUCACAACAAACAUCUCAACAAGCUUGGGUAUCUGAUCAACGUAGCGGAUACAGAGGAAGAGGCGGCAGAAGAGGAACCGCUAAUAGCUAUAAUAGCAGAGGCAGGGGAAAUUAUCAGCAAAAUGGACGCGCAGGACAAGGCUCGUAUUAUCGCAAUGAGAAUAACUACCAAAACGGAUAUCAACAACGUACCUGGGGUAACAACGAAGGAAAUAACGGAUAUAAUACCGGUUUCAAACGUGGCAGUGGCGGAGGAUCAAGGGGUACACGCAACGAGCGCAUUAGUCGUGGACAAUUCAGAGGACAAAGGGGAAGCAACCGCGGUGGAUACGUACCACGCGGCAAGCCUCACACGCAAUAAAGGAGAAAAAAAAGACCGUUACAACUAGCGUAAAUGCACAGUAAACACACUAAUGAUGCUCUGCGAUUACGAUUCAACUGUCUAUUUAUGAAAAAGCUUAAGUCGAGACAAUGCAUUUGCAAUAUGAAAUGAAAGAUUAAAGUAGAUACCAUGCAGUAUUGCAUGCUUAAGAAUAUUAUACACAAUAACUUUGAUAUUAAAGAGAUUAAGUGAAUUAAGAGGAAUGUUAGCUUUUGUAAUGCAGAUUUAAUUAUAUUACACAUUUUUUUAUGUAUUGCAUAUUCACUUGUGUAUUAAGUAACUUUUAGAAGAUAAAGAAUUUAUUAGUUAUAUGUAAAACAUUAUCUUGCAUCUGAUGUGUUGUACAGAGCUAUGUAUGACAAGAAAGAAAAUUUAAAGAAUUUUGCAUUGGCAUUUGCAGGAACUUGCGGCUUAGGAUGUUUCUUAAAUAUGACAUUGAACAAACGACAUUGAAACUUUGCAUUUGAAUUUGGUGUUUGUAAUUACGAGAAGAUUAAUGUUGAUAAAAAAAGAUGCAGAGAUAACAUUGUGAUAUAUAUGAAAGAAAUCAACCAAAUUCAUUAUGUGUGAACCUACCGUGCAAGUAUUAUUACAUUAUGACAGAAGGCAGGUUUCACAGGGCAACAACAGCUGAUUUACAAAGAUUAGAAAAAUAAUUUUAUUAUAAAAAAAUACAAAAAAAAACGAGAACUCAUACAAAACAUUUCAUGUAAAGACUACAAGAACGUAUUUAAAAAUAACGUUAAGAUGAUUAUAAGUAUAUAUAGGCACGACCAUCUUUCUGUCUUGCGCUCAUUUAAAAAAGAAUUUUAGAUACCAGAAAAAAGAGGAUACGGCAAAGCAACGUCUUCUGAACUGCUAAGAAUAUUUUUGUCUGGCGUAUAAAUUUGACAUAAACGUAAACCAAAAUUUAUCGCGAAACAGUGGUUUGGAAGCCAUAGGUGAUUCACGAUAUAUAAAAGGCGAUUUUUUUUCAUAUAAAGAUAUAUCGUGAAAACAUGUGCACUAUAAUUUGCUAUCACUUCUCCUGUUUUUUCUGGGUGACUCCAAAAUUCUUCACGAUGAUCGCGUCCACACAAUGCCCAUGGCUAAGCGGAAGAGAUUGCAGUGCAAUGUCUUCGUUUACGAUGCAAUGCAUUAUCUAAUUUUUUUGUAUUACGAAAAUGGAAGAAACAUGAUUAUUUUUAAAACGAAGAAAAUGAUUAGUGUGCGAGGCUUUAGCAUAUAAGUCGAGUUUGUUGUACAAUUAUUAUUUAGAUCCAAGGCGAGAAAGAGAGAGAAGAAUGUUUCUUAUAUUUCGCCAAUAAGCCACGCACCACACCGAUGAAAAGUACUUGUUUAUUGUAUUUCGUUUGUACAUUUAUGUUUAAUCACUGUCCAUCCCAAUCUCCCAUAUCUCGAUUACGUUAAACUAUCCUAUGAAUACCUAUGUAUCUUCCAAAUAAAGAUCUAAUUCAACCA